AUGGAACUGUCAUUGUUCUCUCUCUGUUUUCUCUUCUCAAUAUCCUUCAUUGCCCAUGCUACUGCUACUGUUCCUCCUUCUUCAACAUUUAAGUAUGUGAAUGAAGGAGAGUUUGGGGAAUACAUUUCGGAGUAUGUUCCAGAUUAUCGUCCCCUGCCCAUAAGUAGUACUCCUUUCCAACUUAUCUUCUAUAACACCACCCCUAAUGCAUACACUCUUGCUCUACGUAUGGGUACUGUGAGGUCAGAAUCAACAAUGCGUUGGGUUUGGGAAGCCAACCGAGGCAACCCAGUUCGUGAAAAUGCCACUUUCACCCUUGGGAAGGAUGGAAACCUUGUCUUAGCUGAUGCUGAUGGCAGGGUUGCUUGGCAAACCAACACUGCCAACAAAGGUGUUGUUGGCUUACAAUUGCUACCUAAUGGUAACAUGGUGCUUCAUGAUUCAAAGGGGAACUUUAUCUGGCAAAGUUUCGACUCUCCUACGGAUAGCCUGUUGGUGGGUCAAUCUCUUCGUGUUGGAGGUGUAACUAGGCUUGUGAGCCGAGCUUCUGAGACGGACAACUCUGAUGGGGCCUAUAGCCUGGUCAUGGAACCUAAAAGACUCGCCAUGUACUAUAGGAGUCCAAAUUCUCCUAAGCCAUAUCUCUACUACGCAUUCGAUUCAGUAUACAAAGGCCGUCUACAGUAUGCGACUCUAAAUUGUACCCCAAAUAGCUAUGACGAUAUGGCUAAUGAUCUGACUUUUGAUUUGUCUACUGAGAAUUCAUAUAUAUUAAGUAGACCCAAAUACAACAGCACGCUGUCGUUUCUUAGAAUUGGAAUAGACGGGGAUCUUAGGAUCUACACUUACAACAAUAAAGUGGACUAUCAAGCAUGGGAAGUGACGUUCAGUCUCUUCUCUCGAGAUGCUUUUCAGGAGAGUGAGUGCCAGUUACCGGAGAGAUGUGGUAAGUUUGGGCUAUGUGAAGAUAGUCAAUGUGUUGCUUGCCCAUUGCCAAGUGGACUCAUGGGCUGGAGCAAAGAUUGUGAACCCGUGAAGCCACCUGCCUGCGGUUCCAAGAAUUUUUACUACUAUAAACUAGAAGGUGUUGAUCAUUCCAUGAGCAAGUAUACAAGCGGAAGCGGACCAAUGAAGGAGGACGAUUGUGGAAAGAAAUGCUCAAGUGAUUGCAAGUGUAUGGGUUAUUUUUACAACAAGGAGACAUCCAAGUGUUGGAUUGCUUAUGAUCUCCAAACCCUCACCAAGGUUGAAAACUCUACUCAUGUGGCUUACAUAAAGGCACCAAAGCACUAA